AUGACAGAUGUAGACAGAUUAAUGUGGAAGAACGAAGAAGACAUAACAAAAUGGAUUUUCAUUUGGUCGAAGUUGAAGACAGCCAUCUUGACGAAGUAUCGAACCAACGAAGCGACGACGGAACAGGAUUUUCUCACUCGAACACGACAACCAAGUGAAUCAUUUCUCGUGUAUUCUGUUGAAUUGGAGUAUUUGUACCGUCAAGCAUUCAAGGUCGAACCUGGAACAGCUCUCUCCAACCCAUCAAAGAAAGCAAUUCCUCGACAGUUUCUUCGCUGGAUUCCACAGCCCAUUUCGUGA